AUGCCUGCGAAUAGCUCUGCGGUGCCAUGCCUCAGCAGCGGCAGCCUAGCGGCAGCGUGCGAGUCGUACGGCGUCGACAGCCGACUGCUCUACAACGACAGUGAGCAGCUCUCGAAAAAGUGCUUCGACUACGCGCAACGCCUCAUUUUAUGGAGUCGACUGUUGAGCGCGGCUUCGAUGGUCGCGGCUGGGGCGACCGGUGUCGCGGUCUACUACCAGCAAGCGCAGAUCUACCGUGUCUGGCGGCUGCGCAACCCCCACAAGGUACGCCGGCUCGCGAAGUUCGCCAUGCUGAGUGGCAGUUUCUGCCUCUGCAACGUGUUGUUUCUCAUUAGCCCCGUCGGCCUCAUGCGCUUACAUGAAAAGGAGUUCUCUCGAACGAAGCAGCUGGACGUCAUUGCUGUCGCUGCACUCGUGCAGGAACAGAACUUCCGAACGGUGGCCGCAUGGGCGCAUGCUGCAGCUGAUGCAGGCCGACCGGCACCCGCCCCCUCCUCGUCCACGGUGCCGCCAUCGCCUGCCGGCGCCGCCACAAACACCAUAGAGCGCGGAAGGGAGGAAGACGGUGGAAUAGGACCGGAGCCGCAGUGGGUGUGGAAAGAAGUUGUGCUGGAUCCGGCGCAGCUGCUGCAGCUACCUUGUGAGCGCAAGACACAACAGAAACGAGCGGCUCACGUUGAUAAGGCGAAGACCGACACGGAUGCAGACAUGCUGGCCGUCAAACAGCAGCUCUCCUCUCAGCUACUGGUCAACUCUGAAAGUUGCAGCAACUCGGGGCAGGGUGGCAGUGAGGCCACCUCUGCAGCCGAGCGGCCCACAUGGCGACAGCAGCCGCGGCGCGUGUGGAGUCGUACAGCGGACACCGCGGAGCUGCAGCAGUUGAAAGAUGAAUGCGUCGCCAUGUGGGAGGGGCUCGUGGCGGAGAAGACAGCCAUCGUACAGAAAGUCUUGUGA